AUGGCCGGUCUUGGUCCGCUUGACCGCCCAUAACCGAUUGUCGGCGCCCUUUCGCGUCGUCCCAUCCGAGAACUCGCGCGCGGGUAGGGCCGGUGCGCUCCUUUUGCGCACGACACUCCCAGCCUUCGGCGUCUUGCGCUUCGCAGACUUGGCAGAAGGAGUGCGCUUCUUGGAAGACUCGCCCGUCGAGAGGGCCUUCCAGCGGUGGACGCCGUGGCAGUUCGCGACCACCACGUGCAUCUUGCCGUCCUGUCCCCGCAUCCGGGUUCCGAUCGACGCGCUGGUGGCGGACAGGGCGGGCGCUUUCCGCUUGGGGUCGUUCCUAUUCUCAUCAGAACCACCAGAGGCCGACAUGGCCGGGUCCCCUUGCGCCGCCGUCAUCGAGUCGACCAAAGCGCCUUGCACCUUCAAGCCCAACCUGCCGAGCAAGUAUUGCAACAAGCACAAGGUGCUGUGGGAGCGCAAGGAUGAGGUCGCUGCCGCCGGCGGACGAGAGUGCAAGCAGUUAGCGACUCAUGUCAAGCGGGGGUGCUUGGGGAUGCUGGACGCGGACGACAAGUCCUGCUGCAAGGCGUGCAAGAGGAUGAACGCGGAGAAGGACAAGAAGGUCGACGCCAGGAGGGAGGCGGCGGCGGUGGCGAGUCUACGGCCGGGGCAGGUGGUGUGCAACCACUGCAAGGAGCCGAAGGACGCGAGCGAGUUCGACGAACACGCGUUGAGCCACGCGACCAAAGGAGCGUAUUGCAAGAGCUGCCGCGAGAAGCGGGAGGGGGUCUUCAAACAGAAGCCGGAGGGAAAGCGCGUCCGGAACGAAUCUUACUUGGAGUGGCGACGUAGGUACGAGCUAUCCGACGAACGGCGGGCAAAUAAGCGGGCACGGUACGCUGCGGAUCCCGAAAGACACGCGCAGUACUGGAAGGAUUUCCGCGCGCGGAGGCUGGCCGAGGAUCCCGUAGGGUAUCGUGCACAAGCAGCCGCUGCGGCGAAGGCGUGGAGAGACCGUAAUCCAGAUAUGGUGCAGGCCAAUGCCGUCAAGAACCGCGUCAACCUGAAGAAGUGCGCUCAUCGUACUCGCGCCACCCUGAACGAAAGCAUUGACACGCUGACAGACGAGGAGGUCGUUGAAAUGCUGGAAGGGGUUUGCUUCUAUUGUGGCGAGGCACCCCCGGUCGACAAGCUGAUGGGGAUCGGGCGUCUGGAGAUAGGCGCAGGGUACACGGCGGACAAUUGUCGCUCGGUGUGUACAGAGUGCAUCAGAAUGAAGGGGUCCCUUGACGCGCUCACCUUCCUAGAGCGGUGCGAGCAUAUCUCCGCGUUCUCCGGUGGAGGGGCGUCCGAGUACCCCGCCCAUAUAUUUGGAUCGCAUCAGGGGGCAACGUACGACGGGUACCGCGAGAGAGCUUUUAGAAAGGGGUUGGAGUUCGGCCUCACCACGCGGCGAUUCUUGGAGAUCGUGGCGGAAUCUUGCUACAUAUGCGGUAACGUGGGCGACGGUACUCGUAGGAAUGGCAUAGACAGGGUGGACAACACCAAGGGCUACGUAGAAGGAAACAUGCGUGCCUGCUGUGGGGAGUGUAACUCGAUGAAGAAGAAAGCAGACAUAGAUGAAUUUCGAGCGAGAGUGGACCUCAUUGCAGGAAGAGCGCCGCAAGUGAAAGCAAACCUUCCCGAACUGAAGAGGACGAUUUAUGUAGUUUCCAAGGCUGAUUGA